AUUCGUGGUAUUGGUCGUUUUCAUUGCCAUAAAAGAUGUCGCAGAUAAUUAAGGCUGGAUGAAAUUUUGUCUCCAAUUUAAAUAUUUCAUUCACGAGUUUGGCCAAUGGGGUCUCGAUUCGAAUAGUGGUCAGAUGCGUCCGCUUCUAGUACCGGAAGGGGAGUGGCAAUUUAUUUUACGAAAAACGAAAGACAUAAUUUUAGAAGCAAUUUCUUUAAAAAAUAGAAAAUUAUAUAACGAAAAAAUUCACCUACCUGAGGCGAGUCGAUGAGUGCAGUGACACUUUCGAGUGGUCGGUGCGGCGAUAAAAUCCAUUAUUCGCCUUAAUUCGGUGAGAUAUGGGUUGAUUGCUGAUAUUUUUGCCCGAUUCGCCAUUUUUCCUCCAGCGAGGAAGUUUCUGGAGUUGCCAGCGCUUGGGCAGCCGGCGAGGGAAAAGGAAAUGAGGAGGGUUGGGAGGGAGCGCUACCUGCCCAAUGCAGCAGCAUUGGAAUGCGCUCCCACCAACACUCUCUUUCUCUUAUCACUCGCCGCUGCCCUUGUGCCCAACAAGUCCUUGGAAGAAAGAAAAUGGCGAGAAAGGCGAAAAUGUUCAUGAAUCGUUACCGUAUCUCAACGAAUUGAGGCAAAUGGGGAAUUUUCUCGUUCAGCCGACCACUCGAAAAAGGCGCCGCACUCAUAAACUGGUCCCAGAAACCAACAGCCAAUCAAAAGCGGUACUUUUUGAGCCAUAAUGCGUGCGCUUCUGUUUCGGAUAUUUCUCAAUAUCAAGACCCCAUUGGUUUGGCUAUUAAAAUUUGGUUCACAGUGUAUCUCUAUUAUCCUAGGGCGCAUAAUGCCGAUAUCUUUCACACUCGAUACAGCUAUAGCACAUGGAUCUGCUCUUGGCUCCCCCCAUGGGCCGGCAAGACUCGGAUUCUUUGAGACUGAAGAAGGAGAGAAAAACGCGGACAAUGUUUUUGUGUUUGUGGCACACUACGAUUUUAAGGGUGGCACAGAUGAUUCGCCACGGCCAGGAGACGAGAAGGACGUUCAGAAUCUGAGGGAAACUUUUGAGGAAAAAAGAAACUGUAGAUUUCGCGAGUGGUUAUCGCCAAAGAAGAAAGAUCUGUUAGAUCUGCUCGCCGAUGGACAAAUACUAAAGCAAUACUUCUCUUCAGAGGAACAGGCACCGUCGGUGUUCGUUUUGUACAUAUUGUCUCACGGAAAAGAAAAAGGGGUGAUUUCUACAGACACCCCUCACCUCUCUGAUCAAUAUGAGACGUUCAACGCCAAAGAAGUUUUUCAUGCACUAAAAGAAACAUUUCCUGGGAGCCUCAAGUUAGUUUUUCUUGGACCAUGCAGAGGCAGCUUGGUAGACGAAGUUUUUAAACCUGACGAUGUCCGACAGUUUCCAAAUGAAAAUUCAAGCAGAGUCUUGUUAGAGCCCAAAUUGCCAAAUUUGGUCAUCUUUUAUUCAACUGUUGAAACAACUAAGUCGAAUCGGGACGGCGGAGGCACCUGGAUGGUUAAAUUUUCGUGCGAACAAUUGAACGAGAUGAGAAAAAGCGAAAGUGUUGUAAAGUUUUUGACAGGCGUGCAAAACAGAAUUCACUUGAAGACUAGGAUGACGUUUUGUGGCGAAGGACAAACGCCUGAAUUCAAAAUAUAUUCACAAGACAGAAAAUUCACAUUUUCUUGCCUUGAUAAUGGAAAAAUUGCAGCAAGUUUUCCGCAAACUGGAGCGGAUUCCAAAGGGAUAAAUCGAAGCACAGAAAACGACCAGUCUGAUGAACAUCGAUCAAUUAAUUAUAAUUGGCAAAACAAGAAAGCUAUUCUCAGACACAGACGUGCACUGAUUUUCAAGCAAGGAAGCAAGAAUAAUGAUGUGAUUCAAAACCUUGACAGAGCUUUAGAAAACAAACUUGGCUUUGAAACAAUGUUAGUGGAGAUCGACGAGGCACGCCUGAAUCAUUAUUUCAGCAAAUCAAAAAGUGUAUGUUGGGAUGAUUACGGCUGCUUUGCAUCCUUUAUUUUUGCCGAGCUCAUUGAGCUGAAAGACGGAGAAGUUUGCGUUCGCUUGAAUGAAAAUGUUAAUAAGCCCAUAGGCGAGUUGAUUCACGGACUUCUGGGGCCGAAAAACGACGGCUGGAUCGGCAAACCUAAGCUCUUCUUCUUGGUUGAUACAAAAUACAUGGCUUCUGACAGCAAUACAAUAACACAGACUACAGAACUAUAUAAUUGGGAUAAAUUAAUCCAGGCCACCAAUCACAGUGGUUGGCUUGUAUUUAUCCUCCAAGAUAAGAAUAUCAUCCAAGCAUUUUUAAAAGUGUUUGAGUGUAAGGAAAUUACGAUCGAGAGGAGCUUGCAAGAGCUGCUGAGUGAUUUACUCGUGAGGUCGAAUUGCGGAGAUGGCUCAAAAGCGAUGCUAGUUUCAACUUUGCCGUACCUUCUGAGUUUUCCAGUAUUGGAGAGGCACUUCAUUGAACCCUAUUUUGAACUUACGGACUUCGAAAAUUCUGAAUUUAUAAAAAUCAGCUACGAAAUAUUCAUGGAACACGCAUCACACCUCAAAGAAAAUAAAAUUUGGCUUCUUUCGUCAGUGCCUGGCUCUGGAAAAUCCACAGUGAUGCGCGAAAUCGCUUUUGAUUUGCAGAGGAAACUGGAAGGUGGAUUUAAGGUUUACACAGUUUCUCUCAUCCACACCUAUGAACUUUUCUCUGCAGCCAAAAUAAAUAACAGAGAGGCACCAUCACUUGCCUUUAUAGUUUCUCACGAAACAGGAAUUCGAAAAGAAGAUAUCCAAAACUUGAUCGAAGAGAAAAAAAUAAUCGUGAUGUUUGAUGGAUUUGAUGAAAUAUGCCCUGAACACCGACAACAGGUGCUAAAUUUGUUUGUUGAAACAAAAGUUUCAAACGUUCCAAUGUGGAUUUCAACGCGACCAAACGAGGAAGGGGCGAUUCUUAAAAAGAUCGGAAGAGUUAAAUCGGCGAAAAUUUGUCAUCUUGAAUAUUUUCAGCAGAUUCAAUUAUUCAAAAUGAUUUCUAAAAACGAUGAAGAUGCAUGUGAGCGCCAGAUCAAAUUCUAUAUUGAUAAUGGUUCUGGUGAUAUUCUCGGCAACCCCCUUCAUUUAAAAUUGAUAUCUGAAAUUACAGACCAAGAAUUUGAAAGUGUACUUAACUUGUACGAUAUUUACGAGAAAAUCGUCGACAAAAAAAUGCGGUUUGCAUUGGGACGUUUCAAUGAAAAGAACCCUCUCUUCAUGGAUACACUUUAUAAACGUGUCAAACAACUAAAAGAGUUUUCUGCUGAAUUCCUUCUGCUGAAUGGCAAGAGUUCAAGAACCCUGAAACCUAAAAACAAUGGAAUAGUUAUGGUUUUUAAUGAAAACGUCCAGUUUGUACACCAAUCAUUCAUGGAAUUCCUCGCAGCUAGUCAUUACAUCGACUGGGUGAAAAAAAAUAAGGAUAUGCCGUUCAAUUUAUUCACAGUUGGAUUCCAACAAGUUCGUAGGUUUGUUGAGGUGAAAAUAUCUUCAUUGAAACUGGAUGACGACCCUGAUUUCUUCAAAAUACUAAAAAAGAAUAUUUACUCCAGCUUGCACUUGCAAAUCAUAAUUGAAGAAAAUCUGCCAACCAUGUUCAAAAUCGUUCAGGAACAGGUUACCUUUGGAACAACCGAAAGACAAGGCAUAUUUCAUUGCGCUGAUAGCAACGCAAUGUUUGAAAAGGCUUGUGAUAAAAGCGAAGUAAUCGCUUUGGAACUGCUUGAUUUGGGGGCAUUUGAAACCCUAAAAGAGCCUCAUAUUGCUGGCAUUGAAAUACUUGCUAGUGUAAUUAGAAACAACUUUGUAAAACUUUUUUCAGCACUGAAAGAAAAAUGUUUACAAUAUGAUCUACCCUUGAGGGAUCUAGCUCGUGAAAGUAAAAAAAUACAGAGCGAAGUAACAAUAAUAGCUUCAAGAAAUCUUAACGAGUUGUUGAGAUUAGUUUUAGACGAAGGAUUGUUUGAUACGCGUUUUGAACCUAUCGUUCUAAAAUAUGCAGUGUUUAAUAACAGUGUUGAGUGCGUUGACCUACUCAUUGAACACGGUGCUCAAACUGACAGUUCUUUUCAUAACGAAGAAUUCAUAGAUAACACCAGGUAUUCUGAUUUAAAAGUGGAAACGGUAAAGGCACUCCUCAAAACUAAAACAGAACCUACUGAAAACUUAGUAGCAAAAAUAUUCAGAAUUUCCAUGAAAUAUAUAUAUUUCGCUGUUGCAAAGUUUUUGCACGCAACAUACCACGAACUGUAUCCAGGAGCCUUUGCAGUUGACGUUGAAGUGCUGCACGAUGUAUCAAAAGAGACAGAAAUACUCAAAUUUUCAACAGCAACUGCUAUGUGCCGCUGGCUGGUUGAAAACUUUAGCCUCGGCGUUAACGACGAGGAUGCAAAUGGAUUGAAAGCAUUUCAACACGCCGUCAUAGUGGGAAAUUUAGAGUUAGUUCAGUAUUUCCUCGAAAGAGACAAUAAUCUCAUUAAAUCUUUGACCGAUGCAGGCGAGAACGUCAUGCACUUAGCAUUCGCAGAUCACAGUAACAGUGUGAUGUCUGUGACGUUAAGUCCAACAGGAAAAAUAAUACUCGAAUCAUCAAGAAAAAAAUUAAUUGAAUACUUGCACAAAUUAGACAAAGAUUUGAUCAAACAAAAAACCCAAUCAAACCAAAUGGUGUUGCAUUUCGCUGUAAGAGCUAAAAAUUUGGAUUUGUUAAUAUUUCUGGUGACUGAAGGAGUUGACCUUUAUGCUAUUGAUGAUAGAAGGUGGAAUGCAGCUCACUAUGCCGUUGACACAUUCUUCUUUUCGCUGUCGCAAACAUUAAUUCAUUAUUUGCAAAAGAAAGCCCCGGAAUUGAUCAAGCAGAGGACGAAGGAUGGGAAGACGGUUCUCCACAUAGCUGCUGCAAAUUGUUUGGCAACAGACAGAGUAAAAGAUAAGGCAGCAUAUGAAAUGCUGGUGGCGGGGGGCCUGGAUUUGAGAGCCGAGGAUAGUGACGGAUGGAAUGCAAUACAUAUUGCAGCGAAAGAGAAAAAUACGGAGUUGGUCAAAAUACUAGUCGAUUUUGACCCUGAGCUCAUAACCUCAGUGACCAAGGAAGGUGAGAACGUACUGCACUUGUAUCCAGAACUUUAUAAUCUUUCAAAAGAAUUCAAAUAUCUGCAUCUGAUGAAUGAUUUAAUAAUGCAAAAAACGAAGGCAAAUAAAACGGUGCUCCAUUGCGCUGCGGCAAAGGGGAUAUUUGCUGCAUGCAAAUGGUUAGUUGAUAAAAUGGGUGUUGAGAUCGACUUAGUGGACAACAAUGGUUGGAAUGCUUUGCACUUUUCAUCUUUCAGUGAUUCUAUGGCUCUUGAAAUAGUUCAAUUUUUGCAUGAGAAAACUCCUGAGCUGAUCCAUACAAAAACAAAUAGAAACGAAAAUGCGCUGCAUCUCGCAGCCAAGCAGAAGAAUUUUAAACUUUUCGAGUGGCUCUUGGAAAAUGGAGUAGAUGAUUUGGUGCAAGAUGUGGAUGGUCAAACACCUCAUCAAUUGCUUAUAUAGCCUUUCAAGAAUGAUAUAUCAUGAUUUGAAUUUAAAAAUUCCUUUGUAUUUUUAGUCUUAAUAAUUAAAGAAUAUAAAAUAAUAGUAAUUUUUUAUUUCAAAAUUAAAAU